CUUUAACUCGUUCCAUCAAAGGCAGAUCAUCUGAAUUGCGCAAUGCUUAUCAUAGGAGUUGCAUUUGCCUUUGUUGGCAAUGCAGUCAUUGGUCUGGGUAACGUACUUCAGAAAUACGCACUGCUAAGAGCAGCAAAACCUCCAGAUCGACUAGGACCGCAAUUACCAAAAUCAGCAGCCACCACUACCUCAGGGCAGGACUUGACCCUGUCCGAACGAGCCAGGCUUGUGGUUGCUAAGCGUAUCGACUCUCUGCUACAAUCCGGGUAUUAUGGAAACCCUAACCAGCCAUAUUCUCGCUUUAAAGAUAGACUUUGGUGGAUUGGCUUCUUGGCUACUUAUGCUGGAGAAGCUGGAGGCAAUUGGGUUGCUCUUAGUGUCGCCAGCCCUUCGGUGGUAACCCCUCUUGGUAUUGUCGGUGUCAUUGCAAAUAUUGUGUUCGCAAACUUGCUUUUGGGAGAACAAGUCAACAAACGCCAUCGUAUAGGAUAUGGCUGGAUUGUAGCUGGCGUCUUUUUCUUGCUAUGGGCAUCACUGAGUACCGAUGAAGAUGAUGUGAAGUUUGAAGAUACCAUGGACGCUGAAGGCCUUGAUGGAUUAAAGCAAUUCAUCUGUUCUACCCGGGUUCUAUUUAUAGCAGCUAUCCUUGCCAUUUCCAUUGCUGUAUUGAUCCAAUAUAUGAGAGGCCUUUACAAAGGUGGCAAAGAGCACGAUACCAAGGCGAAGAAGAGACGCAGUAUUAUUGUCUCCUCUACAGACGAAGAUCACCCUGAUAUCUCAGUUGUAUCCCAUUCGACUCUAGGUGCGUCACGACGCUUUCACGGUGGAGACGCAGACAAGGGCAGCAAACAUGAUUCAUUCCACGCGUUCUCUGCAAGUCAAGAGCAAACUUCGACUGUUCUGGGGGUUCAUGUGCUAUUAUGCUCGCUUCUAGGUGGUGUUACUGUAGUUACAUCCAAAAUAAUGGUCACUUUCAUAAGGUGCUGGCUCGCCUAUGAUGGUACGGAAUCUACUUCAACCCAACUAGUCUGGUUCUUGCUCUUAAUCUUCCUUUUGAUUGGCACCAUUGCAACCCAAGAAACGGUGAAGCAACUCACACUUCAAAAAUUCUCCUUGGCUAUCUUCCAGCCAUUAUUUUACGCUCUGUAUGUGACCAACGUAACCUUACUCUCUCUGGCGAUUUUCGAGACGCAGCCAUACAAAAUAUGGCGUUUGAUUAAGGUAGCGCUUGGGAUGAUUCUUAUAUCCAAAGGUGUGGGCAUAAUUUUGGAACAGGAUUCACUUGGUAUUCGCAAGCGAACAGUGUACAUUAUGAGGAUGGUGUAUAAAUCGCUCACUAGUAUAAAUGUAUUCCAGCGCCUACUGAAAGGGCGGAGUAUGCACCAUAACGAUGAAGCAAACGCAUCCAAUGAAUCCAUAGAACUAAAAUGAAUAAUUCAAUAAAAAUAGCAUGCAACUGAAGAUAGC